AUGCAGCGGUACUUGAUGAACACGUCCUACCUUCAGGACCAAUUGAAGGAGCUCCACGUGCUGCAUAACACGACGGUCGCGGAGUACGGCGAGUUGGUGGAGAACCUGUUCAAGGAGUGUGCUAUUCUCUGCGAUGUGAUCCCGAAUUAUAAGAUAUCCGCCACUCUGGAAGACGAGGAUGGAGGGAAUGGGGGUCGCAAGCAGAAGGAGGUGUACCUUGUACAGAAGCUGGAGCAUGAAGUGCUGGCACAAUAUGAACACUUCCUGCAGCUUCUUCGCAAGUUGCAACGGAAAACGCAUCCGGAGCAGCAGGCACUUGGAAGUCGGUUGUGCGCCCAGUUGAUCAAUAGAGCUGCGGAGUUUAACCACGCCGAUAAACUGCUGUCGCUGGCAGUACAGUUUGCAAACGCAAAGUCCACGCGGGUUGCCCAACCCGCACUGACAGCCCUUGCAGAACUCCUUGAUGGGCAGAUGGUGUCGGAUGCCACGGAAUCUAUUGUCUCCUCCAUGCUAGACAUUGUGCGCAAGCAGAGCUAUGCGAUGAAUCCCAAGCUACUUCACCUCCUCCUCCACAUCCGUGUGGCGUUAGUGGACAUUCAUCGCCGGGACUUGACUGAAGAGAAGGCCAAAAACAAGCGACUCAAAAAAGAAGAUAAAGAGUUGGCUCGUCAACUGCAAAAGAGUAAGGCCCGUAGGGAUCGGGCUGAGGUGGCCGUCAAACAAGGUCGAAUUCUGCACCGUGUGUUUGUCAUUUAUCUGCGCGUUAUGGAAGCAUCUAAGUCGUGUUCCCAGCAGCAUCAAACACGGAUUCUUGCGCCGACGCUGGAGGGACUGGUGAAGUUUGCUCCACUUGUUAAUGUGGAGCUCUACCAUCAACUCCUAACUGCCUUAAAAGACCUUGUCAAUAGCGAGGCGACAUCUAUGACAACGAAGUUGCAUGCUCUUGUGGCGGUUGCGACGUUGGCGCAGAGGGAUGCCACCGCGACUGUCAGUGAGUGGCGCGUGGAUCUCAGUUACUUCCAUGAAGUCCUCUUCCGCUGCCUCCUUGAUGCGCUUGACAUCCCAAAGAGUAACACCGAAAAAAAAGCCAAUGACGUAGAAGAAGCCUCAGACGCUGACGACACAGCAUCGCAAGGCUCAACUUCAUCCGCAGGUUCGCUCUCGUCUCAGGCGUUUUCGAUUGCCAAUUCCAUGGCGCAAGCAAAUUUCAUGCAGUCCAAUGCCUCUAAAGAGUGGACUUUCCGCGUGAGUUUGGUGCUACGCGCCGUGGAUUUGUUGGUAUUGACACAAAAACAUUUGCCUGUCCCCCGUGUCACUGCCCUUGUUCGUCGCCUUAUACAGGCUAUUCCGUCGUGUCCGCCGCACAUUGGACUUUCCUUGCUCGCACUAGUUCACCGUCUCAUGCUGCGCUAUCCUGCUGUCGCUGGCAUUGUCAUUGGUGGCAACGACAAUGCCAUUGUGGGCCGUGGGGCGUACAACCCAGCGGCAUUACAGACUGCUUCCUCGAAUGCCGAAAGUAGUUUUACGUGGGAGAUUGGUCUUUUGACGAGGAGUUAUCAUCCCACAAUGCGGCAUGUUGCGGACGUUUUCUGCCGUCACUACCACAAGUUGUCUAAGGUGACGCAGGGGCAGCCGCCCGUCGUGACCAAACAGCUAGACGCACUUGGCCCGUAUGAAGUGAUGGAGUCGUAUGACCCUUCGACGGGGGAGUUUCGGCCGCCGCCACCGUUGCCGGCGUCGAUGCAGCAAGCAAAGGGCGCCACAAAGCGUGCCCGUAACGACACCACGCCUCUGUAG